AGCAGCAGCAGCCUCCUGCUCCGUGCUUCACCGGGAGGCGGACACUUUCAUCCCGCGGACAUUCGCCGCUCACCGGCUGGAACUAAGCGGACGCGACUGUCGGUGGGUGACAACCGGACGGUGGGACUCUCUGUUUUGCUUUUGAGCUUUGCUGCGAUUCAGCGAAGCCGCGACCCCCGGGUCUGCGCAGGAUGCUGCCGCGGGAGCUGCGCUGACCCCCCCACCCUGCCUCAACCGAAGCGGACCCGACACCCUGGAGCUCCGGCUCAGCGAACGGACUGUCGUCAACUGGAGGGAUCUAUUUCUGCACUUCCGAGUGGAUUGUUUCCGCACUUUGGAAUUGGUCACGUCUUCUUUUAAUUCGAGUGGACGCCGAGGAUCCGGGCCGGAGCGCACGAGAGCGGGGAAGAGCGCGGCUCUCAGCCGCUGAAGACAGGGUGAAGUCAUGUCUCUGCUGAGGUGGGAGGUCCUCCUGCUCCUGGUGGCCCCCUUGUUGGCUGGCUGCUGGGCCGCCCCCACUGAUAUCCUGUACCGGGUGCCUGAGGAGCAGCCCCCCAACACACUGAUCGGCAGUCUGGCAUCUGACCAGGGCCUCCCCGACACCGGGCACCUGUACAAGCUGGAGGUGGGAUCGCCGUAUCUCCGGGUGGAUGGCAAGACUGGGGACAUAUACACCACUGAGAUCCCCCUUGACCGCGAGACCCUGCGGGACUGUCGUAACCUGUUUGAGGGCGAGCGGUGCUUCCUGGAGUUUGAGGUGUCCAUCACUGACAUGGUGAAGGGAAUUGGGUCGGGCCCACGACUCAUUGAGGGCCGCAUCGAGGUCCUGGACAUUAAUGACAACACGCCCCAGUUUUCGUCCCCGAUCCUCACACUGGCCAUCCCUGAGAACACUCACGUCGGGAUGCUCUUCCCCAUCCCCAUGGCAACCGACCGGGACUCUGGCACGAACGGCGUGGCCGAGUACACGCUGAGCACGGGGCCUGACGCCGACCAGCUCUUUGGGCUGCAGGUGGCUCUGGAUGCAGAUGAGAAACUGCCUCAGCUGGUGGUGAAAGGGAACCUGGACCGAGAACGGAAAGACUCGUACGACCUGAACAUCCGCGUGGUGGACGGAGGACGGCCGGUGCGUGCGAGCAGCGCGUUGCUUCGGGUCACCAUCACCGACCAGAACGACAACGCACCAAAGUUUGAGAGGAACCACUAUGAGGCAGAGCUCCCUGAGAACAGUCGAGCCGGCAACUCAGUGCUGCAGGUCAGAGCAAAUGAUGCAGACACCGGCACCAACGGGGAGAUCGACUACAACUUCCACCAGGUGACAGAGGCGGUCCCCAGACUCCUGCGCAUCGACCGGUCCACUGGCAUCAUCUACGUCAAAGGUCAGGUGGAUCGCGAAGAGGAGAGCUUCCUCAAGUUCUUUGUUGUGGCGAAAGACCGUGGUCCCAACUCCAAGAGCUCCAAAGUCCUAGUCACCAUCAAUAUCAAGGACCAGAAUGACAACGCGCCAUCCAUCGAGAUCCGUGGCAUCGGUCUGGUGACCCAUCAGAAUGGCGUGGCCAACAUCUCGGAGGACAUGCCCAUAGGCACGCCGGUAGCCCUGGUCCAGGUGUCGGACCGUGACGAGGGAGAGAACGCAGUGGUCACCUGCGUGGUCGCAGGAGAUGUCCCAUUCCAGCUGCGGCCUGCCAGCGAGUCCGCCAAUGACCGUAAACGGAAGUAUUUCCUUCAGACCACCACGCCACUGGAUUACGAACGGAUUAAGGAUUACAGGAUUGAAAUUGUAGCAGUGGAUUCUGGAAACCCGGCACUGUCCAGCACCAACUCUCUGAAGGUCCAAGUGACAGACAUGAACGACAACGCGCCCAGUUUCUCGCCACCUAUGCUGGAAGUGGACUUUGCAGAAGGAAACCAGCCAGGAGACAAGGUGCUGGAUAUCGUGGCUACAGACGCUGAUAGCGGCUCCAACGCUGCGUUGGUGUACAAUAUUGUGGAGCCCUCUGCAGCCAGGCUGUUUGAGAUCGAUUCAGGCAGUGGAGAGAUUCGUGUCAAAAACCUUCUAGAUCGAGAGGAGACAGAACGCUAUGAGUUCCGUGUCACGGCAGCGGACAAAGGCUUCCCCAGUAAAACUGGCACAGCGACUGUGACGGUCAACGUUCUGGAUCGCAAUGACAAUGAUCCCAAAUUCAUGCUGAGUGGCUAUAGCUUCUCAGUGAUCGAGAACAUGCCUCCCCUCAACCCUGUGGGUGUGGUCACUGUCACGGAUGCGGACAAGGGUGAGAACGCGCAAGUACAGCUCUUUGUGGAGCCUGACAAUGGCAAGUUCGUCAUACAGAAUGGAACAGGAACAAUUUUGUCCAGUAUCUCCUUUGACCGGGAGAAGGAGAGCACCUACACAUUCCGUCUGAAAGCUGUGGAUGCUGGCGACCCACCCCGGUCCUCCUACGUGGGUGUCACCAUCAACGUCCUGGACGAGAACGAUAAUGCCCCUUACGUGACAAAACCAGCAAACUCCUCCUACACAUACCUGUCUCCAGACACGCCGCCCGACACCCGUGUGGAGGUGGUGGAAGCAGAGGACUUUGACUCUGGCCCUAAUGCAGAGCUGGUCUACUCCAUCACUGGAGGAAACCCGUACGGACUCUUCCAUAUAUCACCCACUAGUGGCGAGAUCACUCUGGGUCAGGUGUUUACAGGCAAACACAAUGGGUUGCACAGACUGGUGGUGCAGGUACGAGACAAAGGCAAACCUCCCCGCCAUACCACAGCUCUCGUCCACGUGUUUGUCAACGACACCAAAGCCAAUGUGUCAUUCAUUGAGGGCCUCGUGGGACACAGUCUGUAUACGCCUCUGGACCGGGACAUUGCUGGGGAUCCCAACUACACCCUCACUAAUCCCAGCAACAUUCUGUACGGUGUUCUCGGGGGAAUGACUGGCGUCAGCCUGAUCAUUCUGGCUGUGGUGGUCAUCCGCCACCGACUUCAGCAGGACACUAAGAGCGGAUACCAGGCCGGCAAGAAAGAGAGCAAAGACUUGUAUGCACCAAAGCAAGGACCCAAAAACAGCAAGGGGAAGAAGAGCAAGAAGGGAAAGGCUCCCAAACCUGCCAAGCCUCUGGAGGAGGAUGAGGACGCCGGUCUUCAAAAAGGCCUCAAGUUCAACCACAUCAACGACACCGUCAACGACAGCCCUAGAAUCCACCUCCCACUUAACUAUCCACCUGGGAGUCCAGACCUGGGGCGGCACUACCGCUCCAACUCCCCGCUGCCCUCCAUUCAGCUGCAGCCACAGUCGCCUUCAGCCUCCAAGAAGCACCAGGCCGUGCAGGAUCUGCCUGCGACCAACACUUUUGUGGGCACUGGCGACAACAACUCCAUGGGUUCGGACCAGUACUCGGAUUACAGCUACAAGGCAAACCCGCCCAAAUACAGCAGCAAACAGCUCCCGCACCGCAGAGUCACCUUCUCCACGACCAAUCAGGCGCAGGACCUGCAGGACGCCUCGCAACACAGCUACUAUGACAGCGGCCUGGACGAGUCGGAGACGCCCAGCUCCAAGUCUUCAACAGGUCCCAGGAUCGGCCCGCUUGCCCUCCCAGAGGACCACUACGAGAGGACCACGCCAGACGGCAGCAUUGGGGAGAUGGAGCACCCAGAGAACGGUGCCGAGCCACAGAGGAGACCCGGACUCUCAGCUCUGCCUUGACUCCGCCCUGCUUUUCCUCUUUCGUGCGCCGGCUGUGCGGGCCCUCCCGGGACCACCCUGACACUGAGGUCUUGGUCUUUCUUUUCUUGGCUAUGGUCCUUGAUCCUGGAACAUCGAGGAGAAUCCAGACUCUCAAAAACGAUUGAGCAGAGCAAGGAACUGGACAAACCUCUGUUCUGUUCUCAGAGUGUCCCCAGGCGUUGUUCGUGGAACCUUCUACUUCCACUUUUCCAAGUUUGUAUGUUUUUGACUUUGUUGCAGCCACUUGUCCCGCCUGGUGCCUCAUGGUUGAUUGACAGGGUUCAGAGGUCGCGGGGAGCUCUCGCUGAUGAAGCUGGUUUCAGUGGGCGGAGCCUCCAGCUGGCGCGCGUGCUGCGCUGCUUUUGUGAUUUUAGCAGCGAAAGUGGUUCUGAGAGGAAACGCUCACUUAAGGUGACCUCAGUCUGAACUUUGUAGAUUUUGUCCAAACUGGUCUGUGGCUCCUCCGCUCAUCGCUCAUCCGAAACAUCUCCGGUGUGGCCGUUGGCGCACACUAGUGUUAGAGCUAAAAACAUGGUUUUCUCUGAGCUCACUUCUGGUGCUUCGACAGGAGACCAAACUUGCGUUGGCAGUGUCUUCCACUGACCGGAAACAUAGUUUACUGACCAACUGAAAUGUAACAUGAGAUUUUCUACAACAUGAAAACACUCAACAUGUUGCUUCGCUUGAGUUCUGCUGCUUUUUUUUUCUUGUGCCUGUUGAGAACCACAUCAACAACAACAACACAAUGUUUUUUGUUGUGUUUUGUUGUGCCUUGAAGCGCAAGAGGGUUGGCCGUUUUGUGUCUGAUGAUGAUGUUACAUCUCACUCAGUCAGAAAGUAGAGGAACAUGAAUGACAAAUGUUUCACACAUUCAAAUGACAAUAAGCCCACAACUCCUUCCGCCCACCCUCCUUCCAUUCCUUCCCUCAUCUUUCUUUCAUUCCUUUUUUUCUUUUCCCUCCUCCUCUGUUGCAGUUUCAGAUCCACUGCCACCAUCUCCCUUCCCCUGCUCUGCCUUCACCUUCUCACCCUCUCCCCCGUCCCUCUUGAUGUAGUGACUGUUGUGUGCGCGUCCCAGGUCUCGCUUCUUCACUGGGACGUGACUCUUGAUCAGAACUGUGAAUGUACUUUGUAUUCCAAAGUUUUCUGACAAUAAAACACAUUUGUCAACGUGGCGUUGCAUUUUCAGUGGCUUAAAAGCUCAUGUGUUCAGUCGGUCUCACUCCCUCACCGUCGCUAACCUGUCGGUGAGAUGAAGUCUGUCACGGCUCACUGACUUAGCGCUGCGACCCUGAGAUGACCUUUCUGAUUUGUUUCCUGGCGUUUGUGCAUUUAUUCUUCGGGAUAUAAAGUGUGUUAUGCUCACUGGAGUUGAGUUGUCGGCGGCAGUGUUUGUGGAUGGAUGGAAGGAAGUGUCCUGAUCACUGUUGUGGUGGUUUGGGUGGAUGCUCGCGGUAAGCUUGAUCAUGGUGGCGGUACCCCUGGUGAAGCCUCUCCGUUCACUUCAGCGACGUCACACUGACACCUUCCCCUGCUGCAGAGGUUUUGAUUCGUCCCUUUGUGUGUAGGUUGUUACCGUGUUUGCGCCUCAUGUCUCACGUCGUGUCAAGAGAUGCUGCUGUCAGUGUGUGUGUCUGCAUGUGUGUGACUGUGUGGAAGUCUAUGUUUGUGCGAGAAUGCUGAUGUUAUAUUUUAAUUAAAGCUGAACAACAGGGCUUAAUUGCUGCCAUGAUAAACAACAUCGCUCUCGCACUACUCCUGCCUUCAAACAGUGACCUGACCGCACAGUCACACACACGCAGUGGUUUGUAUCUUCACCCUUGUGGGGACCUCUCAUUGCCAGAGCUCUCUCCCUGAACCUAGCCAUCCAAAACACAUGGCCAACCUCAGCCGGGACCUAAACAGACACGCAGCAGUGUUGAGGGUGUUGAUGAAGUCAGUCCCAGACUCCCAACACUAAUCAUCAUCCGGCUCUCUGGACUAGAACCAGCGCAUCAGUGUUGAGACACGAGCUUGAGGGAGAGGCAGGAGGGCCUCGGGGAGCAACGCUGCUCUCGGCUGGACGACAAUUCACGCAGACGCUCAGUGGUGUGACGCAGUGUCUCCCUGACGACGGGUCACGUCUCUUCUCUUGAACCUCUUCUCUCUCAUCGCAUGAGCAGCACAGCAACAGAUAAACAAGAUGCAGCGGCAGGUGCCGCCAGGUUUUCCCCAGUAACCUUCAUUGUCUCCAUGUGAGCAUUUUACGAUGAGAAGAAUGAGAAAAUAACAAGAAACCAGUGGUUGGGGGGUGUUCACAGAUGAAGUUCAUAAUGUUGGGGUGUGUUGGCCGGAGGGUCAACAAGGUCAAAUCACCCCGCCCCCACAGAUAACGUUUAGCAGCGCUUGUAAAGUUGCUCUUUGAAGUCCGCAAUUGGCUCUGUUUACAGCCUCACUGUCAUCAAGCCCAUGAUUCUUUCCGGGUCACAUGAACGCACUUCCUGGCGUCAGGUCUCAGAACGGAAGGGCGUCGUUUUGUGCAGACUUGGUCUUAGAACUAAAUUACCCAGAAAUGGAUCACCAUCCAUUAAGGUGACGCUUCAGCUUGAGAACACUGUAGAUAGCUAUUAAACCAAGGGUUACCAGUCAUGGUCCCCUUUGAAGUGAGGCGCAGCAGCAGGAGCAUCAGGCCGUAGAUCCUCCAGCUUCAGCUGCUCUGUGUGUGUCCACUUUAACUUAACUAGAGACUUCAGCCUCCCCCCCUUUCUCCUCCACCUGCUCUUCCUCCUCCUCCUCCUCCUCAGCUCAGAUUUAAGAUGGUUUGUUUGUUAUACUUGUGGUGCAGAAUAUACAAUGAGAUAAGGGGGGCAUGUCUCCAUGGGCAACAGUUUAGAGGCCCUCCCCUCAAUUAACCCUGUGGUCACGGCCGACACACACACACACACACACAUACGUAUUCAUGAGAUAACACACACAUUGAUAUGCAAGAUACACGAGUCCGAGAACAGUUCGGGUCAGACCGAGGCUGCUGCUCAUAAUUCAUAACUCAAACACACACACCUACACACACACACUCCCACACACACACGCUCACACCGAAGGUAAAGCUCGGCUCAGCGCACCAUGCUGUAUUUACAAUUCGGGUCACACAAGCAGAGAUAAAAACACACCGAGGCGAACAUGGGUCAGCGGAGAUGCGCUUUAAUGCAGCGCACACACUCACACACACACACACACACACACACGCACACACACACACGCAGUUUCAGGGUGAAGCAUCACUUAUGACUUCAGUAACGCACAACACAGCCGGACACACAAGUUCACACACACAGGCAUUCAUGCAAGGAGAUGAGUAAACACUGACACAAGCGGCUCUGUGUGUGUGUUCACUGUGCAGCGGAGGAUGGUGCUUCAUGAGAGUCGACAGACAAAAUGUGUAGACGCAAACUAGUGACUGCUAACUGCGAUUAUUUAGGGCUGUUGUUCUGUGUUGCGGGGAGUGUGUGUAAACUCAAGUUUUAAGAACUGAAGUAGCCUCUCGUGUCAGGGAGGACGGCGCCCCCACUGGACCGGCCUUCAUAUCACAUCACAUCACUUGUGUGUGUGUGUGUGUCAGACAUGUUCAGGGGACGUGAGUGUGUGUUGUCCAGAGGCCAGAUCUUUUUCUGCUCUAGUUCUCCGGUCAAACACCAGCGCUUCCUGUUGAUCUUUGACCCCUGCUGUCCAAGUCUCGGCGUGUGAGUUAGCAGCAGUCCGACUCCAUGGCUCAGCUGUGGCUCUACGGGAGUGCAGGAUGUACCAACAGGUCUAGUGAUGGACACUAACACCCCUCCAUCUCCCUGAUCCCCUCUCAUCAAACGUCAUCAGGGGUUUUUACUGCGCCGUCAAUACAAGCGUGAAAUCGUCCUCGAGCCAGCAGCGCUGACCGUGGCCGGCGCCGUUCAAGGGGAGCCUACAGUCAUGAGACAGCAUCUGGGAAGCUUCGGUGGCGACGGCAGGACGUCGGCAUUCACGCCGCGUUCACACAUGAGCACUUCCUGUCGCAGAGGACGGAGUUACCGCCAAAGUAAUAGAAAAAGUGGGCACUUCAGAAGCACGGAGGAGAGUAAAGCAGACCGGUCACGCGACACAUGACCGAGGGUGAGGUGAAGUGCUCCUCCGUUCUCUGCGGAUGGAGAUCCAAUCAGAGGCGGCUCCGGGUCAAGAACCUCCCGUCGUCUCUUCAGCUGAUUUGACUGAUUUCAAUCAGCCAGUUGGCGCCCGAGUCUCUGCUGGACGUCAUCCCGGCCUUAAAGCCCCCCUUUAUAGUAUCUCCUUUGUAACCAGAUCCUUGGCCGACUCGGUGUUUGCGUGGGUGCGGAGUGAGGGGGCGCGGGGGGGGAUCUCAUUUGCAUGUGUAACGAAGUCUGUCUCCUCCGGCGGCAGAAAAAUAAAAUCACAUCUAUUUAUGUGGCUUUUAUGUUUCAGCUUUAGUCUGCUUCUCCUGCACAGCCGAACCCCGUCCAGCAGGUGGGGGUGGGGGGUGACCAAAAUCACAUGAGGCAGGGAGCGACGCACUGUCUCUGCAGGUUCCCAACACUGACCUCGCCUGCCGUCGUAGCCCGGCGCUUCCGUCAGGAUCCUUGUCAGUCACGUUGAGAUGCUGAUGGAAUAACCUCGCGCUGAAAUUCCCACUGUCCCUGCUGCACUUGAACGUGUCGUCCGCAGUGACAAGCAGGCUCGUCGGCACUUUUCCGUCUCACUGUACAACGGGGCUGCGCGACAUCGGAAAAAAAACAUGACACUGCGAUUCAUUUUUCAUUUCGACAUACAUUGCCAUAUUAACACACGCUAACAAGAAUUCCCACCAGGUGACUUGAGCAGUGAGAAAUGGAAAUAAUUAGGUUGAUUCUCACAAGUGGCAACAAAUUGGCAAGUAGAUAAAAAUGAUGAAAAUAUGGGAAAUAAAUACGAAAACAUGAAAAAUGACAUUGUAAUAAUAAUAAUAACAGCAUUAUUAUUUGUUAUUAUGUGUUAUUGGUAUUAUUAUUAUUAUUAGUGGUAGUAGUAACCCACACAACUGCAGCCUAGGAGCACGUUGUUUUUUAGUGGAAAAGUUACCGCAUCAGUGAUAUUUCUGUGUCGUUUUUAUCACUACUGCAACUCAUCCUGGAUCAUGUUUUGUCCCGUAACGUUUUAUUUAUCUUCCUUACUGUGUAUUUGCGUUGUCAUGUUGUGCUCUGUGACUCACGUGACGUUUGUCACGUUUACCUGGAGUUGUGGCGAUAACAGCGAGCCAUGGUCGGCCCGGUACGGAUCACCUAUAGCAAUAGGUGAUGCAGAACGGUUCCAUAUUUCUGACGUUAUUUCUGAUUUUCUUUUGGGGACUUCCAACUCGUCCCUUCCGCUCUUCCCUCACCUGCAACCUGAGUAGAGAGUGGAGGAGCUGCCUGAAAGCUGUGGGCUCAGUGGCUCGCCUUGACAAACAAACCUCCGCCGAGAAUAGAGAUUUCUCAGUGAUACUGAAGCAAACUGAAAGUUGAAAAGUCAGGAAAAAAGGAGGGCAGAUAUCGCACAGCCCUGCGAUGUGACUAUCACACAUGCGCACAUCGCCAGGACCAUGUUCUAAGCACAUACCCUGCAGCCCAACUGCCGAGCUUCUCAGGAUCCGCUGUGAAGGUCUGACUGUGAUGAAUGUGCGAUGAAUGGAAACAAGCAGAACAAAAUAACUUGCAUCUGUGUGUGCUCCUGCUAUACUUGUGAGGACCCACUACUUGACAUUUUGCUUUGGUGGGACAUAUUUCUUGCCAGACUGCACAAGGGGUUUCAGUUUGGUUCCUGGUUUUAGUUUAACCUUGUGUUUUGGAUGGUUAGGUUUCGGGGGAGAGGCUGGGGAAAGGGUUAUGGCAAGGAGAGGACCCCACCAGGAUAGAGAGACAAACGUGUGUGUGUGUGUGUGUGUGCACUAUUAAUAAUUGACGUGUUCUUCACCUCGCUGCUAAUUCCGUCCUGCUCAGAUCUUCUCGUGUUCAGACUCAGUUGAUGUUAUUUACGACGUUGUGUCUGUCACACAGAGAGGGGGGGGUCACUACAUUUUGGGGGGCCUUCCUGUGUGAUGAGCUCGUUGACUCGGCAUAAACAGGAAGUCUUUAAACUGCGAGUGUUUGAUGCGAGAAAACAUGGAGACAGUCGGCGAGUCUGGAGAAGAUGAAGACCCGUCGAGUGCUGUCGGCUGAUUCGUCGCGUUGUGACGACGAGUCUCUUCUGCUCUGACUUGUCACUUUAAAUCUCAACACUUAAAACGGAUCUGUUCCCGCUCGCUGCCCUCUGACCUUUCAAAAUAAGAGCCAAGUGCGGCGUCUCUGUGACGCCGCCUGUGAUCACAACGCGUUUGUUCAAGUUUAACCGACACGCAUCUUCAGAAGAGAUGUAGAGUCAGAUCUGUGUGUGUGUGUGUGUUAAAAAAAAUUCCCUGAUGACUGACAACUUCCAGAAAGAUCCCUCUCUCUCUCUCCUCCAAUGGAGCCCCCCCCCCCUUUGCCCUCAUUCCCACUCUGUGUCGAUUAAUUAAUUGCCGGCUAAUUUAAUUUGAGUGAAAAAAGAGGAAAAGGAAGUAAUAACUUGUUUAAGCGUGAAUAAAGACUGACACGGCAAAGUUCUAAUCAGCCCAAGUUUAAUUAGAGCGCCGCGUCGGACUGGGGGGUCAGCGGGGGGCGGGGGUGUGGGGGGCAACGGAAAUGACUUUGAUUAAAAAAGAAACUUUUAUUUCAAGAAGAGUGAGUCACAGCGGCUCCCCGCUGUCUGGCAGAGGAACCUCUCAUUGUGCUGAGGAACUUCAGUGUGUGUGAGAGAGAGAGAGAGAGUGUCAGGGUGAGUGUGUGUUCUAAUCUGAGUGAGUGCUGAGUCUUCUCACGGCUGCUGGAUUUUCAGUCUUUAAGCACUUCCCAUGCAAAAGCGAGGUGCUUGCAAAAAUGUAAAGUUCAGAGCGGAGCUUUAAUAAACGCCUCGCCUCUGAACGUUGUGUCAGCAGGAGGCUCUCUCCCACUCUCUCUCUCCCUCCUUCUCUCUCGCACACACACACUUUGUAAAGGAAAGCAAUGGAUUUCAAUUAUGCAUGAAGCACAGGGGGCAUUUUGGGAAAUAAUUCCCAGCACCCCCCGACUUUUAAUCCCCCCCGCACCAUGCCACCCCUCAACACAGAGUCAUCUAAUGUCAUGCUCCGAGGAAAGGUUAGCGCCGCUGCUGAUAUUUCGGCUCUCAUCGCUGACCUUUCUCAGGUUGUUGAAAAUGCAAACUCUGCCCCCCUCAACCGCCCCCUCACCUCCGUCUGUCACAUCCUGCCAGUGUCACAAGUUUCAUGUCGCACCAUAUAAAAAAUAUCUGCAGGGGAAGUGAGAGUUUAGAGACCAGAAUCCAGCCCACAACUACUCACUGCUUCUUGCCCAUCACCCCUUGUGUUCUCU